AUGCCGUCGCUCGUCCUGUCGUCGUCGCUGCUGUCGCUGCUGCUGCUCGGCCUGUGGCUGCACGAAGCCACCGCGUCCAUCUACGACGUCAAGAGCAGCUACUGGGUGCCCCCGUUCCAGCGCGCGGAGAAGCUGUUUGCUACCAAUCAGGGCCCGAUCCUCGCACGCACUGGCAACUCUAGCGUCACUGUUGAUAUCCGCGGCGUCAACGUCACGCAGGACAUGACUGGCUGGCGACUGGUCGUCUUUUUUUACCACGUGGACAGCUACGCGGACUUUGAAGCAGUGGCUGGCAAGAUUGAGCUCCUGGCGUGCUCCAGCACCGAUGGGGUCAAGCUGGACGGCAUGUCGAACGUCCAGCGCUUUGUGUUUCGCGUGGACAAUGCGUCCGCGCCCUCAGUGACCGCCAAUGUGUCGCACGUCGUCAAUUAUAGCGGAUGGACGGACACGCAGGUGUUCGUGUGUGCCGACGACAAUCGCGCAGCGACAGAGACGCUGACGUUUGCAGGGACCAUGGAGAUACGCAAUCCAUAUGGAUUACUGCCGGCCGUGCUGUAUGGCAUGCUGCCGUUCAGCGCUUUUUUGACAGCGGGGUACCUGAUGCUCGACGUCUUUUUCGCGUUCCUAUUGAUCCGCCAUCGUCGCCAGCUGCUGUCGCUACAUUGGGGCAUUUCUUUGAUUCUAGUCAUGGGAACGGCUGCGUCUGCAGUCUGGCUCUUUGCGCUCUACCGGAUGAACGAGACAGGCGAACCGGUAUGCUGUCCUUACCCGACGACGUUCCUGGUUGCAGUAGCAUUAGACACACUGGUGCGUACCCUGGCUCGUGUUAUCUUGUUGAUCGUGUGUCUCGGAUACGGAAUCGUUCGGAGCCACCUGAGUCGUGUUGAAGUUGGCGUGAUUGCUUUCUUGUCGCUGGCCUACUUCGUGUCGGGCAUCGCUGACGAAGUCACACGAGGCACCUCUAGCGGCGCUGACUUUCGCGAGAAACCAACAGCUUGGUCUUUUCUCCAGUUGCUGUGUAACCUCGCGUUCAUCAUGUGGAUUCAGUACUCCAUGGAGCGUAUUUUGCGUGACUUGCAGCACCAGAAGCAGUUCGCCAAGUUCAACAUGUACCGUUGGUUGGCCUGGUCGCUUGCUGCCUUCAUCGUGUUUUUCACUGUUCUCACGGUCGUGGCCGUCUGCAGUCGGCUUGGCGUCUUUGAAUGGGACGUCGAAUGGGAGUGGAUGCAGCUUGUGGCCUGGCCUGUGCUGAACUUCACUGUGUCAGCUGCUAUGACUUUCAUUUGGCGGCCAACUCAGAACAGCUCGCAGUUUGCGUAUUCCAUGCAGUUACCGAUGACGGAUAGCCCAGGUCUCGAGAUGACGCGUAAGACACACGGCUCGUCGUCGGAGGAGGACGAUGAUGACCCGGAGGUUGAAUCAGACUCGGAUGAAGAGGACUCUCGAUCUUCGGUUGCCGGGAAGAAGAAAACGGAUGACAACAACAACGAUAGCGACGAUGCGGAAGGAGUGUAG